AUGGAAUCUGUUGGUCGAGAAAUUUACGAAGUGCAACGCGCUCAAGGUCCAGCCAUGGUUCUGGCAAUUGGCACGGCAAAUCCAUCCCUCUAUACCUACAUGACUGACUUCCCCGACUUCGUAUUCAAAAUCACAAAGAACGAGGAUAAGCCUGAAUUGAAGGAGAAGUUGAAACGAAUUUGUGACAAAUCCAAGAUAAAAAAACGCCACACUUUCUUGACUGAGGAAAUCAUCAAUGAAAACCCUGAUUUAGCUAAUCCCAACGUUGCAUCACUAGACAUACGCCAAGAUAUUAUGGUGGUUGAGGUACCCAAGUUGGCCAUGGAACCUGCAACCAAAGCAAUCCAAGAAUGGGGUCAGCCGAAAUCAAAGAUAACUCAUCUUGUAUUCACUACCAUGUGUGGCAUCGAUGCACCCGGGGCUGAUUUCCAGCUUGUAAAGCUCUUAGGCCUUUCAUCGAACAUCAAACGUGUAAUGAUGUAUCAUCUAGGUUGCUUUGGUGCUGCCACUGCUAUUCGUGUUGCUAAGGACCUUGCAGAGAACAAUAAAGGUGCUCGUGUCUUGGUUGUUUGUGCAGAGAUAAACUCUGUGAAUGGGUUUAAGGCACCAAAUGAAACUGACUUGGAUUCCCUACUAGGGUUGGCCCUCUUCUCCGAUGGUGCAGCAGCUUUGAUAAUUGGUGUAGAGCCUGAUAUGUCAGUGGGUGAGCGCCCAUUGUAUGAACUUGUCACAGCUGAUUCAAGGAUUCUUCCAGACUCUGAAGAUAUGGUAGCAGCUCACUUGCGUCAAACUGGUCUUUCAAUCCGUUUAGCUAAGGAUUUGGCUCCAACUAUCUCUAAUAAUAUUGAGAAAUGCUUAGUGGAAGGAUUUGGUAAGAUUGGUAUUACUGAUUGGAACUCUAUUUUUUGGGUGGUCCACCCUGGUGGUCCAGCAAUUUUAGAUAUGAUUCAAGCUACUGUAGGAUUGAAGAAGGAGAAAUUGGAAGCAUCAAGGAAAGUGUUGACUGAGUAUGGUAACAUGUCAAGCCCUACAUUAUUGUUCAUUAUGGAUGAGAUGAGGAAGAAAUCACUGGAGGAAGGGAAAGCCACAACUGGUGAAGGGUUUGAUUGGGGUGUACUGUUAGGGUUUGGACCAGGUUUGACUGUGGAGAUGAUUAUCUUACGUAGUAUUCCUAUAAAUGUUUUAGCAUCAGCUCAUUGAUAAGAUAAUGAGUUCU